CUCCUCUUGCUCACAGUCACCUCCAACUCAAAAACUCUCCUGUCUGCCAGCACACAGCCAACAGAUGAAACUGCUCUGUCAAAAAGACAGUGCUAAGAGACAAAAACACAGGAGACAAUGGCAAAGAAGGUGGCAGUAAUUGGAGCUGGGGUCAGUGGCUUGAUCUCCCUGAAAUGCUGUGUGGAUGAGGGACUUGAGCCCACUUGCUUUGAGAGGACUGAAGAUAUCGGAGGGCUGUGGAGGUUCAAAGAAAAUGUGGAAGAUGGCCGAGCAAGUAUCUACAAAUCUGUCAUCACCAACACCAGCAAAGAAAUGUCCUGUUUCAGUGACUUUCCAAUGCCUGAAGAUUUCCCUAACUUUUUGCACAAUUCUAAACUUCUGGAAUAUUUCAGAAUUUUUGCCAAAAAGUUUGAUCUUCUAAAAUAUAUUCAGUUCCAGACAACUGUCCUCUCUGUGAAAAAACACCCAGAUUUCUCAUCAUCUGGCCAAUGGGAGGUUGUUACUCAGAGCGAUGGCAAGGAGCAAAGUGAUAUCUUUGACACAGUUAUGGUUUGCAGUGGUCACCACAUCCAACCACACAUCCCACUGAAGUCAUUUCCAGGUAUUGAGCGGUUCAAAGGCCAGUACUUCCAUAGCCGUCAAUAUAAGUACCCAGUUGGAUUUGAGGGAAAACGCAUCCUGGUGAUUGGAAUAGGAAACUCAGCCUCAGAUAUUGCCUCUGAGCUGAGUAAAAAUGCUGCUCAGGUAUUCAUCAGCACCAGAAGUGGUUCCUGGGUCAUGAGCCGAAUCUCUGAAGAUGGUUAUCCAUGGGAUAUGGUGUUCCACACUAGGUUUAAAUCAGUGCUCCGAAAUAUCCUGCCACGAAGGGUUCUCAAAUGGAUGAUGGAACAACAGACAAAUCAUUGGUUCAACCAUGAAAAUUAUGGUCUGGAACCUAAAAACAAAUACCUUAUGAAAGAGCCUAUACUGAAUGAUGACCUUCCAAGUCGCCUACUCUAUGGAGCCAUCAAGGUGAAAUCGAGAGUGACAGAGCUCACAGAAACAUCCGCCAUCUUUGAGGAUGGAACAGUGGAGGAGGACAUUGAUGUCAUUGUCUUUGCAACAGGAUAUACUUUCUCUUUUCCUUUCCUUGAGGGACCACUUGUUAAAGUAGAGCAUAACAUGGUCUCUCUGUACAAAUACAUGUUCCCCCCUCACCUGGAGAAGUCAACCCUAGCAUGCAUGGGUCUUAUCCAGCCUCUAGGCUCCAUUUUCCCAACUGUUGAACUUCAAGCACGUUGGGCAACAAGAGUUUUCAAAGGCUUGUGCAGCUUACCUUCAGAGAAGGCAAUGAUGGAGGACAUUAUCAAAAGGAGUGAAAAAAGAAUUGACCUGUUUGGAGCAAGCCAGAGCCAGAUACUGCAGACCAAUUAUAUUGACUACCUGGAUGAGCUCGCCCUGGAGAUUGGUGCCAAGCCAGACUUGAUCGCUCUCUUGUUAAAAGAUCCUAAACUGGCUCUACAGCUCUAUUUUGGGCCCUGCAACUCCUAUCAGUAUCGUCUUGUUGGGCCUGGGCAGUGGGGAGGAGCCAGAAGUGCCAUCCUCACCCAGAAACAAAGGAUACUGAAGCCUUUAAAGACUCGGUCUGUGAAGUCUUCAUCCAAUUUACCAACUUCUUUCCUGCUGAAAAUCCUGGGGCUUGUUGUUGUUUUUAUGGCCCUUUUUCCCCAAUUUUAUUAGUUCUAAUCUGUCAGUAUAACACCUCCAGUUUUAUUAUCUUGCCAAUUAGUACAAUUUAAAGAAAAAAAAUGCAAAGAAAAAAUAUUAAAGCUAUAUUCUAAAUUUCAGAGUUACAAAAGUAAGAGAAGUAAGCAUGGGAAAAUAGGAAAAGCAAGUCUACAUUUAAAAUCAAAAUUAUGUUAGGAAGUUUCUGUGCUAUUCUCUUUUUUGCAAGUUCACUAAAUUCCCAAAAGUACGAUAGAAAUACAUCAACCCAGUAGAUAAUGUUUCAGCCUUGAUAUGGUUUAAAUUAUGUAGAAAAUACAGGAUUUCACAGAAUGAAAAGCAGGUCCUAUAGUUUAAAUUCUUGGAAAACUUAAACAGUGGUAAAUACGUAAACUCCUGCACAACAUACUUGGGAGUUCCUGCACAGACUCUGUUUGGUAACAAAGGUCAGGCUCUCAAAAAUACUGGUGAUGAGGGUAAGGAUGUGAAAAAUUUAGAAAACACCAAUGCUGGCCUCAUACAGAAUGAGAGCAAAUAACCACAUUUCUUGCUGCAAAAAUAAAACAAAUAUGUCACAAUAGCUAGCUGAAAAUACAUGUACAUGUACAUAUAUAUAGUGUUUAUCAUAGACUAGAUAUUGUGCUUUGUGUGCAUUAUAAAUAUUACUUUAAUUCUGAGAUGGGUGUGGACAUUGUACCCAUUUUACAGAGGAUGAAACGGAGACUCAAAGCAGUUGUGUAACAUAACUAAGACCACAUUACUGGUCUUCAGAUGGAGCUCAAAUUGGAGCCCAGGUUUGUUGAACUCUAUAACUGAGGGUCAUAACCUCAACCCACAAUAUGGUUAUUUAUAAAAAAAUCUCAUUAUUGAUAAGCUGCUUAUUAAUCAUUUAUUUCAUUAAUUAUAAUAUGUAUGUUCAGUUUGGAGGAUCUUUACAUAGAAAACUCUCCUUGCACGUGUGAUCUGAAUAUUAUUUGCAAUAUUUGGUUUAUAUUUCAGCUAAAUAAAAAAGUAUUUGAAGAAAUUUACAGUGAAAGAUAACUAUGAAAUAACGUUUAAGAUAGUCUUGGAAACUCUGGAAUAAAAGUGUAUCUCUCAAGUAGAUGGAAAGCAUUACAACAGUGGUGGCGAACCUAAGGCAUUUGUUUUGCAGCCGGCUGUUUGUUAUCAUUGAAAGCUGUCAAAGGUUCACCAUCUCUGCUCUGUAACAAAUGAUCCUUAUAUCUAGUGCUAACAGGACAGAUAGCUAAGGCAAAAGGCUAAAUAACAUUUUCAUCUGAUAAAAACAUAUCAAUUAAGAAAGACAAACAUUUUCUUGGAAUCAAAGUGUGAAAAGACAAGCAAUUCAAUAUCAAUAAACAUUGAACAAUGCGAUAGAUAAACAUUUGUCUAUGAAACGUUCACUACAGCUGCUAUUUCCAUGAAUCGAACUUUUGGGGAUAAACAGUGCUGUGAGGCCAAACUAAGGUCCUGAAGGAAGGG